AGAACCGGGUUGAAUUCCGGCGCUGCGAUCGGGGCCGUUUUUCCGCUGCGCCCUAAGCGCAGAGCGCACGCUUUUGCGCACCGAGACUGGACGGAAUCGGAGUGACUUCUCUUUUCUACCCCCCUCUUUCCCUCGGAGCUUGUUGUUCCGGGUCGGAAGGGCUGCAUCAUGGCGGCGCCCAUGGAGCUGUACUGCUGGGCUGGCGGCUGGGGGUUGCCGUCGGUGGAUCCCGAUUGCUUGGCCGUUUUGACUUAUGCCCGUUUCACAGGUGCACCCCUCAAGGUUCACAAAAUCACAAAUCCUUGGCGAAGCCCCUCAGGGACCCUCCCGGCACUGAGGACAAAAGAUGAAGGCAUUAUCUCCGACACUCAGCAGAUCAUCACCCACCUCAGGAAACAGAAAUUCAAUGCAGACUACGACCUCUCGGCUCGACAGGGGGCCGACACGCUCGCCUUCGUGUCCCUGUUGCAGGAGAAGCUCCUGCCUGUGCUGAUCCACACGUUCUGGGUGGACGCGAAAAACUACGUGGAGCACACCCGGAAGUGGUACGGGGAGGCCAUCCCUUUCCCGCUCAACUUCUUCCUCCCAGGCCGCAUGCAGAAGCGGCAGCUGGAGCGGCUGCAGAUGGUCUGCGGGGAAAACUGCCUGGACAACGAAGAGGAGCUGGAGAAGGAGCUGUACCGAGAUGCCCGCGAGUGCCUGACGCUGCUGUCCCAACGCCUUGGCAGGCAGAAGUUCUUCUUUGGAGAUUCGCCUGCCUCCCUGGACGCCAUCGUCUUCAGCCACUUGGCCCCGCUCCUGAAAGCCAAACUGCCCAAUGGGAAGUUCCAGCAGCACCUCAAGUCCCUCCAGAACCUGUGCAAUUAUUGCACGUCCAUCUUAAGUCUCUACUUCCCCUGGGAUGAAGGCGACCCGCCGCCCAGCGUCCCCAAGGCAGCCGCCGGGGACGGGAGCGACGCUGAGGAGGAGCCGUACAAGCGCCGCAACCAGGUCCUGUCGGUGCUGGUGGGCCUGGUGGCGAUGGUCGGCUACGCUCUCCUCACCGGUAUCGUCUCAGUCCAGAAGCAGCAGCCCCGGCCCGGCGGCCCUCGCGCCAUCGCCCUCGAGGAGGAAGAAGAGGAGGAAGAGGAGUAAGCUCCAGGGACCCGCUCUGCGUUCUCCAAACGGACCGUUGUUUUUGUACCUCGCUGGACCCAGACCGUCCCUGUCGUCCCCUCAGACUCUGCCCUCUCGUUCAUUCCAGAAUCAUGGGGGUGGGCGCCCAGCCAGGCCCAAUAAACCUCUGUGAACCAA